GUGGAUAUACACAGAAGGGGAGAGGAGGGAGGAGAGAGAAAGGCUGAUAGAGCGUGGUUUUCAACAGGGUGAACUAACGGAGGGAAGGAGAGAGAGGAAUCACUCGGAGAGAGUUACGUGAAAUAUUUGGACUGAAUCUACUGAGCAGCAGCUCGGAGGGACACUGAGAGGCUUGUGUGAGGUGUUUCAGCUGGCGACUGACAAAACUGAGCUGAAGAGAAGAGGUUUGGGGUCGACUUCCAACAUCACAGAGCCGGACUUAAAACUUCACUCUGAACAUAACUCCUUUCCAGCCAACAUCAAACCAAAGUGUGGAGAGACUCUCUCACCCAGCAUAAUGAUCUUUACUAGCUUACACACUUCAGCGAGGACACCACAUUAACAGACUCCCUGUCGUCAUCUUGUAUCAUAUUGGAAUAUUGGAAUUAAAAUCCAAAUUUGGAUGUAUGUCCAUUUCCAACCUGGACGUAGCCAGCUUUCUGAACUCUUCAGUACCUUUUUUUUUAAACAGUAAUAUUCCCUGAUGAUCACAAGGGAAUAUGUCACUCUGUUUCUGGUGGGCUCUUGUUUCAUGUUGGACUACAGCUCCCAAAUCCCUGUGCAGGCUCAGCUCCAGAGCAGAACUAAGGGUGCAGUGAUGUCACCCAGGGGAGCAACUGGAACUAAGAGUGUGAGGGGGUCUGCGGGGGAAGUGACAUCUUUAGAAGGCAGAGGGAGGCUGAGGAGACAUGGGAGGUCGAGGGUCCAUCGUAUUAAAAGAGGAUGGGUGUGGAACCAGUUCUUUGUCCUGGAGGAGUACAUGGGGUCUGAACCACAAUAUGUUGGAAAGCUCCACACAGACAUGGACCAUGGAGACAAUGCAGUGAAGUACACUCUGUCAGGAGAAGGAGCUGGGUCCAUCUUCACCAUUGAUCAAAUUACAGGAGAUAUACAUGCACUGGUGGGGCUUGACAGAGAGGAAAAGUCCUACUACACACUGAAAGCCCAGGCUAUUGACAUCAACACUGGCCUCCCUCUGGAGCCAGAGUCUGAGUUCAUCAUCAAAGUGCAGGACAUCAACGACAAUGAGCCACGAUUCCCAGAUGGACCAUACAGCAGCAGUGUCCCUGAGAUGUCCCCAACAGGAACCUAUGUGACACAGGUGACUGCCACAGAUGCAGAUGACCCCACAUAUGGCAACAGUGCACGGAUCGUCUACAGCAUCCUUCACGGACAACCCUACUUCUCUGUGGACCCCAAGACAGGAGUGAUCAGGACAGCACUGGCCAACAUGGACCGUGAGGUGAAAGAGCAGUACCAGGUUCUUCUCCAGGCCAAGGACAUGGGAGGUCAGCUGGGGGGGCUGGCCUCCACCACCACCAUCAACAUCACCCUCAGCGACGUCAACGACAACCCACCGCGCUUUGCCAAGAGUAUUUUCCAUCUACGGGUGCCAGAGUCUGCAUCAGUUGGUUCAGCAGUGGGUCGGAUUCGGGCCCAUGAUCUGGAUGCUGGCAGUAACGCAAACGUGGAUUAUGCCAUUGUUCCAGGAGAUGAGGGCAACAUGUUUGACAUCAUCUCUGAUGACCAAAGUCAAGAGGGAGUCGUAGUCCUGAAAAAGACUCUUGACUAUGAAACCAAAAAGUCAUACACUUUCAAGGUCGAGGCAUCCAACGCACAGCUGGACUCCCGUUUCCUCCACCUGGGGCCCUUCAAGGACUCCGCAACAGUGAAAGUGAGUGUCCUUGACGUGGAGGAGCCUCCUGUCUUCACCACAACCUCCUACUCUAUGGAUGUGUACGAGGACACUCCUCCUGGAACCAUCAUCGGCUCAGUGACAGCUCACGACCUGGACGCCAGCAGCAGCGCUGUCAGGUAUUCGUUGGAAUGGCACACAGAGUCUGACAGCUGUUUUGACAUCGACACUGUUGAGGGAACCAUUUCCACUAAUGAAUAUCUGGACAGAGAGACGGCUGUUCAGCACAAUAUCACUGUGGUGGCAACCAAAGUCAACAACCCUCUGCUGUUCAACAAAGUGUCAGUGACAGUCAACAUCCUGGAUGUGAAUGAGUUCCCUCCUCAGCUGGCUGUUCCUUCAGAUACCUUCGUCUGUGAAAACUCUAAAGUGAUCCAGACAGUCAGUGCUGUGGACAAAGACCUUCCUCCUGUCGGCCAGAGAUUCUCUUUCAAGACCCCCAAGGAGCUCCGCAACAGAAACUUCACUGUUCGAGAUUUUGGAAACAACACCGCUGGCAUUGUGACUCGGCGUUCAGGCUUCCAGCGGACGCUGCAGGACUUGUACAUUCUUCCUGUUGUGGUUGAAGACAGCGGUUACCCCGCUCAGAGCAGCACGGCCACCCUCACCAUCCGAGUGUGUUCCUGUGAGGCGGGAGGCUCACUGCUCACAUGUUCAGCUGAGGCCAUCUUCCUGCCAGUGGGCCUCAGCACUGGAGCUUUGAUGGCUAUUCUGCUGUGUGUAGCUCUGCUGAUAGUUAUGGCAGCAUUAUACAUGAGCCAGAGGCGCCACAAAGAGAAAGAGACUCUGAUGACAUCAAAAGAGGACAUUCGUGAUAAUGUCAUCCACUACGACGAUGAGGGUGGCGGUGAGGCGGACACUCAUGCCUUCGACAUGGGCACUCUGCGCAACACACACUCACAGCACACCAGUACUCACAGCAGCACCUCCAAGAUGGAGAAAAACGGCUAUGGUGACGGGGUUCUGCUGCAUCUUACCAGCCGCUGCGAUGAUGUCAGGUCGCCUGACAUUCAUCGUCAAACCGCCAGUGUUAUCGUCACCGUCAACAACAAGGUCCCGCUCUCUUCCCAUGGCAGAGUGACUGAGGGUGAUGCUGAAAUGAUCCGGGAGUUCAUCGAACACCGGCUGGAGGAGAGUCAGCAGGGUUAUUCUGCUCCGCCCUAUGAUUCUCUGGCAACCUACGCCUAUGAGGGUGAUGGCUCUGUGGCUGGCUCGCUCAGCUCCAUAGAGGAGUCACUGGCAAUUGACACUUCAGGGGAUUUCAGCUCCCUCAGUGACUGGGGACUGCCUUUCAAAACACUGGCCAGCAUCCUGGACAGACAGCCACCUACUCCGUCUAAGGAGAGCUGAGAGGAAGUUGAGCAGCAGAGAGACACUGGGCAGCCAGGUGGAAAUUAGCUUCCUUUUUUAGACAUGUUUACUGUUUUUUUUACUGUGACAGGCACUGAUUAGAAUGAUGUGAGGACCUUAUAGAAAGUUGUCCAUGUGAGGUAGAGUUGUGGGCCAAUUAACUGGACAGCAGAGAAUCUAGCCACAGGUGUGUGAGAAGGUAAACGCGAUAGCUCCUCAAAGUGCCUGAGGUACUAUUUGUUUACAUGUAUUUUAAUUCAUGUUACUUAAUAAAAAUAUCUUCA